CAACAAGAGAAAGUAGAAAAUUGGAAGAACAAUUUUGCACACUGUUCUUGAUAACGACUCUCUCAAUUUCCACUAAUGGGUUCAUCUUCAUUUAUCAAAAUCCCAUUUCAAAUCUCUUUCCAUUUCUCAGCAACUUCAAAAUCCCAGUUCCCCAGUAAGUGUACACUCUUCAAAUUCUCUUCCAUUCUUCAAUUUGAGCAUUGGAUGAUGAAAUUCAGAGCAAAUGAGGAAUAGGGUAGCUUUCAUGGGAGAAUAAAAACAAGAUCGAGUAUGGACGAACACCCUUUUGCCCAACUUUAAAGGUUGCGUGGGACAUUUCCCAUUUCUUUUGUCGAAGGAAUUCUUUUUUGUUUUGUGUUGAAUAGAAUUUCCUCAAGGGAUCAAAUUUUAAUGAUUGCUUUCUGGGUUUUACUUGCCUUACCCGAUUGAUCUUUCCUUGAUUCUUGUUUCACAAGAUUUUGUUUUCAACAUAUUUCUCUCUUCUGUGAUUCCUCUCUUGUUGUAGAGGAGUUUGAUUCUGUAACAUUUGAUCAUGUUUUGAUCUGGGGUUUUUCUCUGUUUUGAGUUUUGGAGGCAUUGUUUAGUGUUGGCUGAUGAUUUGAUUGAGAUUCAUGCUUCUGUUGGUUGUUGGUGAAAUGGGCUAAGUUUAGAAGUGAUAAAAAGUAGUUUAUGUAUUCAGUUUUUAUACUUUUUGCUUGAUUUUUAAUGAGGUUUUGGAUGUGUAAGAUCCACUGUCCUUCAUCCUUUUGCCUUUGCCAACCUGCCCCUCAUAUAUAUUCCACUGGAUCAAUUCCACUGGAUUUGGAAAACUCAUCACAUUUGCCUUCAGAAGUUGAAUCGGUCAUUGGAACUUCAGUUUCCAUUGUUGAGACACUUGAAUCUAAGCAAGAGUGUAGAGAUGAGUCUGGUGACAAAGUGCAGGAAAAUGAGUAUGGAAUCAAGAGUAGUUUGAGGAAGUCCAGUUUGCGAUCAGGCGUUUCGAAGGAGAAGCAUGUGAAAAGAGUACAAUGGAUGGAUUUUUCAGGCAAAGAACUUGUUGAGAUCAGGGAAUUUGAAGCUAGUGAAGCUGAAGAUUCUGAUUAUGAAAGUGAGGAUAACAGGAGCUGCAUCUGUACUAUUUUAUGAAAUUGCUCAAUAGCUUAUCCAGUCAAAUAUAAUAGGAAGAGGAAGUAGCCGACAAGUUAAUAUUCAUCCUGAAAAGAUCUUUACUUUGGCCGAAAAUUGGAAUUUAGUGUUCCUUGGUGCAUCAUUGUUUUUCAUUUCUCACAUGAGAAUAUGUUGUAAGAAUGAAAUGCAAAGUACAGUGUUAUUUACCAAUAAAGUAUCUAUUUAUUUCUUUUAUGAA